AUGCUUCCUGAGUGCCCCCCAUUAGAGGUGUUCAAGGCACGUACAACCGUAUUGUUGGUCAUUGUUGCCUCCUGUCCUGAUGGGGCGUUCAACUGUACAUCUGGAGAAUGUCUUCCAGCUGGAGUCGUCUGUGAUUUUAAGAAGGACUGUGUAGAUGGCUCAGACGAGGAGUUUUGUGGGUCAUGUGAGUUUGAGCAUCACUCCUGUGGUUGGCACAACACUAGUGAGACCUCCUACAGUUGGAGGCGGCAGAUGGCAAACAUCACCUCAAUACCUGGAGAGGACCACACCACAGGAAGUCCCUUUGGACAUGUCAUGCAUGUAGAUGGAAAACAAGGAGGGGGUUUCUCUCGGACGGCGAGUUUGGAGUAUUCCAUUGACAACCUGGCAGCUCUUGGAUGCCAGAUCAGCUUCUGGUACCACAUUUACAAUGACGAGUCAUUUUCAUCGCCAUCAUCCCUUCAAGUAACACUAAUCAGAGGCACUGCUGAGAAAGAGUUGCUGAAAAUUUCCAAACGUAAUACAGAGGGUUGGGAAAAUGCCACAGCUUUCAUUGGUAAUCAGCCAGGAGGAUACAAGCUGCGGUUAUCAUUCAAACCUCCAUUUAUGGAAGCCAGCGACAGUAUGUUGGACGAUAUCAACUUUGAAUACUGUGGAGAGGGAGAUGUCCCCACAGGAUCAAACCAACUCUCAUGUGAUUUUGAAAAAGACACCUGUUCGUGGUACCACGACCACACUGCCAGCCUUUUGUGGAAAAGAAGUGAUGGUGGAUUUGAUGAUGGCCCAACAGGAGAGGGCUACUACAUGCUCAUAACUGCUUCACGCAACCUGAAUACCUCGUCGACAGCCAGACUCGUCAGCUACCCUCAACCUGCAGGACAAGUCAUAUGUGUGAGCUUCAUGUAUCACAUAUUUGGCAACAGCAUUGGUUCAUUGAAGUUUAUUGCAAAGCGCUCUGGCGAAGCUGAGAUAGUUGUGUGGAUGAGAAGUGGUACCCAGGGAAAUAAAUGGAGAUUUGCAGAUCUUACCUUCAACAGUGACAAACCAAUACAGUUUAUUAUAGAAGCAGUGGUGGGUGGCACACAAGGCAGCAUAGCCAUUGAUGACAUUAUGGUAUCCAGCAGAGGGACUGGCUCUUGUCCAGCUGAGAGAGAGUGCACCUUCCAGGGCUCUCUCUGUGGUCUGCUGCCCCAACCAUCUGCAGACUUCAGCUGGAGUCGGGUCAGAGGGGUGUCCCAACCAGCCAACUCUUCAGGCCCCGCCGCAGAUCACACUCUGGGGACACAGCAAGGUUAUUAUCUGAGUGCCCAGUUGUGGAGGCACCCUGUGGGGUCCAGAGGCGCAGUGAUGACUGCAGUAAUGAAGCCCACUGCUCCUGAUGGGGAGUGCCUAAUGUUCUGGUACUAUAUGGAGGGAAGUGGAGUGGGAGAACUCAGCGUUUAUCUUCGAACCGCUGACAACAACACUGUCCAGCACUGGACCAGGAGUGGGGAUCAGGGGAAGCACUGGAGGCACGGAAGAGUGACACUUCUCAGUCCUGAAACCCCAUAUCAGGUGAUCUUUGAGGCGGUGGUUGGAGAUGGACUGAGGAGAGAUAUUGCCAUUGAUGACCUAAUUGUCCUGAAUGGUGCCUGUCCUCCGCAAGGAUUUUGUGACUUUGAAAUGGACCUGUGUAGUUGGGUGAACAAUCCUCCAGCAGAGUCUGGAGUGGACUGGGACUGGCUCUCAGGUGAGAGUAAGGGUUCCCUUAUUCCAAACAGGGACCACACCACAAAUUCUGCUUUGGGCCACUUUGCAUUCUUCACGGCCUCUCAGUCUAAGAAAGAAGUUAUUGCCCAACUGGAGAGUGAGACAAUGGAGGCAGUAGACCGAGCUUGCCUGGAGAUUUGGCACUAUGCCGAGGGGUGGUUAUCAGAUGUACCUUCCCACAUUACGCUUACAGUGUUUGUGAAUGAGACUGCUGGGCUGCGUCCUGUGUGGAAUACAAAUGGAUAUUUAAAUGAAACGUGGAUCCAAGACAGGGUGGAUUACAGUGCAUCAGGGCCUCACCAGAUUAUUUUACAAGCCAGAUGUCCAGACUCAAAGGAUAACACCUUUUCUCUGGAUGACAUCCACAUCAUCAGGGGCAGGUUUUGUGACGACACUAUUCCAACCACCACUCCAAUCCCUGCCACCACCACCACCAAUGCUCCUGCCUCCGCCAUGGACUGCACAUUUGAACAAGGUCUCUGUAGUUGGGUCCAGGAGGUGAGUGAUGAUUCGAACUGGACUCUCAGUAGUGGACUUCAAGUGGACCAGCCAUGGGACGGACCUCAAUAUGAUCAUACUGUCGGAAAUAAUGAAGGUUUCUUCUUACUGUUGAACGGAUCUGGAUCAAAGGAUGGGGAAAGAGCAGUUGUCUCUGUUCCUGUCAUUGAUCUCACAUCACCUAUCUGUGUUGGAUUCUGGUACUACAUGCUCGGGCCUUCAGUAUCCACUCUGGACCUGCUGGUUGAGACUAAUUCCUCUGAACUGUUGGUGUGGACUCGCCGAGGGACCCAGAAUUCAGAGUGGAUUAACGCACAAGUAACGAUCAGCAUGAACGAUACAACACGGUUGAUGUUCACCGGCCACAGAAAUACCAACAGCCGAGGAUUCAUUGCCAUUGAUGAUAUUACAGUGAAGGAGGGUGCCUGCAGUAAUCUGAGUUUCUACAUGACUGUGAUGUCAAACUCGACAGAGACUGAAGUAGCUCAGCUGCUCACACCUGAGGUCACCUCAGCUACAGAGAUAUGUGUACGCUUCUGGUACUGGAUACCUGCAGGGCCGUCUAACAACCUUGCUGUGCAUGUGCUGCGGAGUGGGGAGCCAGGUCAAGCACUUUGGAAACGAUCUGGAGCGCCCUCUUCAGGCUGGGAGGUGGCAGAGGUCACUGUGUCCUCCCCUGCACCAUUCAACGUGGUGUUUAAGGCAGUCCAUGCGCCAGGCACCAUCGCUACAGUGAAAUUAGAUGACAUUUCUGUGAAGGAUGGGGCCUGCAGUCCUACAGGCAGCUGUGACUUUGAGUCCGGACAGUGCACCUGGGUCAACAUCCCUAAAGAAGAUGGACAUGACUGGGUGCUGGCCAGUGGCGGUUUUCAGGGUCCACCGACAGACCAAACCACUCAGGGUCGAUUUUUAUUGAGCUCAUCACUGCACCGAAGCCACAGCAGUGUAGCACAAGUAUGGUCAGAAUGGAUCCAACUGAGAGACACCACCUCCUGUCUCACCUUCUGGUACCAUAUGGACAGCAGUGACUCCGGUACGCUGAAGUUGUACAUGCGUUCAGGGCAGUCGGAGGAGCAUCUGAUGUUCAACAGUACCAGCAGUGGACGUGGCUGGACCAGGUUCUCUCAGUCUAUAGAGAGGAGAACACCUUUCCAGCUGCUGAUUGAAGCAGAGACUAACAACAGAGGAUUCAUUGCCAUUGAUGACAUCAGUGUCACACCAGGCCUUUGUCAAGUAAAUGACACAAGUUUGAGAUUUGUGGGCUGUUCAUUUGAAAAUGACACAUGUGGCUGGGAGGACAUCAGCCAUGGCAGUUGUCAGUGGACAAGAGGAAAAAAUGCUUCUGGGAACACUGGACCCUCUGUGGACCACACAGUGGGCACAGGACUGGGUUGGUACAUGGCAGUGGAGCCUGACCACGGAGGUCAAAUGAGCCCUGCUGCCCUACAGAGUCCCACCAUGAAACAGGCCAGUGCCACCUGCACGCUACACUUCUACUACAACAUGUAUGGAGACGACAUAGAGGAGCUGACUGUGCUGCUAAAGGAGGGUGCCAGGACCACUGUACUGUGGUGGCUGUCCGGUAACCAUAGAGAUUCGUGGCAUCAUGGUGAGGUAACAGUGGGUCGAAUCCCUCAGGACUUCAACAUCCUGUUUGAAGCCUCCAGGGCCUUCAACAGUCGGGGACACAUCGCCAUUGAUGACAUAGAUUUCACCAACUGCAUCCUGCCUGAGCCCCAGCCCUUGUGUCCAGACAAUAUGUUCACGUGCAACAACAGUGUGUGUGUGGAGCAAAACCAAGUGUGUGACUUCAGUGAUGACUGUGGGGACCGGUCUGAUGAGAACAACUGUGAGACACAUGCAGAGCGCUGCAGCUUUGAGCAAGGCCUGUGUUCGUGGGCGAGAAGUGAUGUGGACACACCUAGAGUUGAGUGGACGCGUCACAAAGGACAGGAGGCCUGGCCCAAACAUGGGCCUCCCAGGGAUCACACCCAUACCUCUGCUGCAGGUCACUAUAUCAUCCCUGGAACUGACCUGACUGAGAAGGGUCAGGCGUCAGAGAUCCUCUCCAAAACAUUAUUACCCAGCUAUAACUGCACUGUGAGAUUCUUCUACUUCAGCCUGGAUGAUGCUCCAGCCAGACUGAUGGCCCAGUCCAGGACGCGACAGUCUGGUAGUGACGACACUGUGUUAUGGCUCAGGGGUACAGCUCAGAGUUACAGCUGGCAGAGAGCAGAGGUCAUGUUCUCCUCCUCAGACAAUAGCAAGAUUGUCUUCAGAUACGAGCGAGGUGAGGGUCUCCAAGGGCUGGUUGCACUGGACGACAUCUCUUUCUCCAGGGAGUGUUUAUUUGACCCUGAAAACAACAAACUGCCUGACACAUCACCCACCUCUGCCCCACCUACAGCUUCUAUCACUUCUACAGCCACACCCACAACCUCUACCACACCAACCCACCCCUGUCAGGAUAAUGAGUUUUACUGUUGGCGGUCAGCUGGAGAAGUGUGUAUUCUGGCUACUUUACAGUGCGAUUAUCACCCAGACUGCCCAAAGGGGGAGGACGAGGAUGGCUGUGGUGGGUGCACAUUUGAGAGUAACCAGUGCCAGUGGACCAACACCAGUGAUGGACAGAGUAGGUGGCAGAGGCACAAAGCCAGUAACAACACCGAGCCGCCCACUGAUCACACUACAAACACAGGCUACUACAUGAGAGUGAAUUUCAGUCUGGAGUCUGUACAGAGUGAGGCCCGUCUCCAGAGCCCCCCACUCCCCCCUUCAUCCCCAUACUGCCAGAUACUGUUUCACUUCCACAUCAGUGCAAAGAGUGCUGGGUCACUCAGAGUGCUUAUGCAGCAAGCUGAGGGGAGUGAAGCAAUCCUGUGGUCACGCAGUCACAACACUGUCUCCGAUUGGACCCCAGAGCAUCUGCCUGUAGGCCUGCACCAGCAGCCUUAUAAGAUAUGGUUCAGUAGCAUGAAUAAAGUGACUCAGACAGACACUACUGCUGGAGAUCACAUUGUUGCUGUGGACGACAUCUCUUUUCUAAACUGUGAAAAAUCCUACCAACCACCUGCUCUGUUGGCAAGUGGCUGUUCUUUUGAAGAUGGACUGUGUGUUUGGGUUCAGGGGGCUGAAGAUGAGCGGGACUGGCUCAGCAGGUCUGGUCCCACUGAAACCCCCAACACCGGGCCUGCAGGAGACCACACUACCAGCAAAGGGAAAUACCUUUACAUCGAGAGCUCCCGACCAAGUGCAAAGGGAGACAAGGCCCAGCUGAAGUCCUCACUGCUGCCGCCUGCUGGUAAAAACGGAUACUGUUUCACAUUUUGGUACCACAUGUUUGGAGCUACUGUGGGCUCCUUGAGGCUGCUUCUACAAACAGCUGAUUCCUUGAAGAAAACUGAGGUGUGGCAAAAAUCAGGAAAUCAAGGGGACGAGUGGCUGUUAGUGCAGAGCCAUGUGACCGUGCAGAAAGUCCACCAACUGAUUUUGGAAGCUACGGUGGGGGGUGAGGCUGGAGACAUAGCCAUUGAUGACAUCUCCCUCAUCAGUGGACCAUGUCCUGCCUCAGACGUGUGUGACUUCGAGGAGGGGAGCUGUAACUGGCAGCAGCAGACCGGCGAUGACUUUGACUGGGUCAGACAGUCAGGCUCCACCCACAACCCCAACACUGGCCCAGACAACGACCACACCACCAACACACCCAUGGGCUAUUACUACUACCUGCCCUCCUCUGAUAGCGACCGCGCUGGCCAGAAAGCUAAAAUGUCUUCACCACUGUAUCCAGCAGGCAAAGGAGCUUGUGUGCAGCUGUGGUACCACAUGUACGGCAGAGGAAUGGGGACGCUGAAUGUUUACCAGCGGAGUGAAGAAGGGAAGGAGGCUCUGAUCUUCUCUCAGACAGGAGACCAAAGUCAGCUGUGGAGGUUCGCUCAGGCGUCACUUCUGCCUCGGGUUCAGCCGUACAGGAUCGUGGUGGAAGGUGUGAAGGCUGGCCCCACCCAGGAAGGAGACAUGGCCUUUGAUGAUGUACAUCUGACAGAUGCUCAGUGUCCUCCCCCUGGACAUUGUGACUUUGAGACCAACAUGUGUAGCUGGGGCAAUGUGGGAGAAGGAGUUGACCAGGGGGACUGGCUCCGCAGCAGAGGAGCCUCCCCAAACCCCAACACAGGUCCCAGUGUUGACCACACCACUAACUCCACACACGGUUAUUAUCUGUUUGUGGACAGCUCAGUGGGCGAGUGGGGAGACAUGUCCUUCCUGAUCAGUGAUGUGUUCCAGCCGUCCACUAGAGGUCACUGUCUGAAGUUCUGGUACCACAUGUACGGCAGCCACGUUGGGACUCUGACAGUGUACAUGAAUGACAGAAACAUGCACGCUGGUGGCAACGAAGAGGGGACUCUGAAGUGGAUCGAGACAGGAGACAAGGGAGACAAGUGGCAGGAGGCCAGUGUGACUGUGAAACACAAAGAAGCAUUCUGGUUUGUGUUUGUAUAUCAGAGGGGCAAGAGCGCGGAUGGGGAUGUUGCUCUUGAUGACAUCACCAUCCUCCCUGGCGGCUGCUACUCGGAGCCCCCCAUCAACCCUCCUGAUGAUAACAAUGACACGUUGUCCACAGGUCUGGCUGUUGGUCUGACUCUGCUGGCGGGCGUCAUCAUCGUAGUCAUCCUCUUUGUGCUGAACAGGAAGUGUAGUGCAAUGAAUCGGCCGACACUUAUAAGUGAUGACGCGCUUGACCAGAACCCUGCGUUCGACCUCUUUGACUGCAAGAUAGAUGGCACACAACAUGGAGGUGAAUCUGACUUUUCCUUCUUCAACAAUGUGUAUAAUCCGUCACCAGGUGCAGAUGAAUCCACAGUGGUUUCAUCUGAGGCUUAGUACAGAUUAAGUAGAUAUUAGAUAUAUUAGAGAUGUUUGAUUUCCAUUAAAACUGUUAUUCAGAAGAUGAAAUGUUGGUGUUAGUGAGUGUGGCAUUUUUCCCAAGAAAGUAUCAGUGAUUCUUUAGUUUUGUAAAUGGCAGCUGGAUUAUUAAUUACGUGAACAUAGUUACUCCUUACAUGAACACUAAUUGACAGAGGACGAGGGAACACUGAAAAUGUAAACCCAUUUUUAUAAAAUGGAAUUA